AUGCGAGCCGGGCCGGCGCUGCUGUCCGUGCUGCUGUCCCCGGGCUGCGCUCUGGCCGCCGAGCCGCGGCUGCAGCGGGGCAUGCCAAAUGUGUGCCCAGUGUUUGAGCUGGCCCUGGUGGGACACCAGGAGCCCUGCAUUCAGUCCUUCAGCAGGAUGGUCAAGAUGUGGAAACAAGGCUGCACAAAGGGGAGGUGGUGUGUGAGCUAUGAGAGAAGGUCUGGCUACUACACGGUUUACAAGCAGGUGUACAGGAUGGAGCAGCAGACUGUCUAUAAGUGCUGCCCCGGCUGGGCCCAGCGCGACAACGAACCCGGCUGUCUGCACUUGCUCUGCACUGCUGCCACUUGCUUCAACGGAGGGAAAUGCUCUGGAGAAGGGUCCCAGGUGUGCCAGUGUCCUGCAGGAUUCCAGGGCCCUCGCUGCCAGUAUGAUGUCAACGAGUGCACCACGGAGAACGGCGGCUGCCACGACCGCUGCUGCAACACCAUCGGCAGCUACCACUGCAAGUGUCCAGCUGGCCAGAAACUGGGGGAAGAUGGGAAAUCCUGUGGAGACGUGGAUGAGUGUGAGGUGCUGAAUGGAGGCUGCCAGCAGGGCUGUGUCAACACCCAGGGCUCCUUCCAGUGCCAGUGCCGGGCGGGAUUUCGGCUCCACGACGACGGGCGCACCUGCAUCGGAAAUAGGUUCUCCCAGGUUGUUGAUGUGCAUUCCUUCACUGCUUCCUUGUCUCCAGCUGUCAAUUCCUGCAGCAUUAACAACGGGGGCUGUGAGCAGGACUGUGUUCAGCUCAGUGAGGACCACUACAAGUGCCAGUGCCAGCCAGGCUACCAGCUGAAGACAGAUGCCAAGUCCUGUCAAGUGAUAGACCCCUGCACAAGUGGGAAUGGAGGAUGCUCACAAAUCUGUCAGAACGAGAGAGGAAUUGCAAAAUGCGGGUGUCAUCCAGGGCAUUCUCUUUCCGGAGACAAAAAGUCCUGUUUAGACGUGGAUGAGUGUGCAGAGGGCAGAGCCAGGUGUGCCCAUCGCUGUGUGAACACCCCGGGCUCCUUCAGCUGUGCCUGCAGCCCCGGCUUCGAGCUGGGCGCGGACGGGCGCCAGUGCUACCGCAUCGAGAUGGAAAUUGUGGACAGCUGCCAGGACGGGAACGGCGGCUGCUCCCACCAGUGCGAGCACACGGCAGCGGGACCGCGCUGCUCCUGCCACCGCGGCCACCGCCUGGGCACGGACGGCAAAACCUGCACAGAGGUGGAUGAGUGUGAGACUGGAGAGUCCUGCUGCUCCCAGUUCUGCAUCAACUACGCGGGGGGCUAUGAGUGCGCCUGCCAGGCGGGGUUCCAGCUCAGCACCGACGGCUGCUCCUGCGACGAUGUGGAUGAAUGUCGUCUGGAUAAUGGCAACUGUGACCAUUUCUGUGUGAACUCCCUGGGGUCCUACGAGUGUGCCUGCAAGGAGGGUUACAGGCUCGGGGACAGCAGAUGGGCCUGUGUGGGUGUGGAGGAGGAGGAUGCGGAGGAGGCAGCGGGGCUGGCCGGCGCCCCGGGGCUGCAGCUCCGAGGGCCCCCCCAGCUGCUCCACUAUGCACUGGGACCCCUGGCUGAGGAUGGAGACCCCCGAGGGGAGCUCACCCUGGUGCACAGGGUCGUGUGCCUGGGUGACACGUUUGGCCAGGACUGCAGCCUGAGGUGUGAGGAUUGUCUGCACGGGGGCCGCUGCAACAGCGAGCGCAGCGGCUGCGUCUGCCCGCCCGGCUGGGCUGGUGUCACCUGCAAUGAGACCUGUCCCCCCGGCUCGUUCGGCAGAGGAUGUGCCGGUGUCUGCAAGUGCCAGAACGGCGGCUGGUGUGACCCCGGCACGGGGCAGUGCCACUGCCCGCCCGGCGUGCUGGGCCGGCUCUGCGAGGACGGUUGCCCAAAAGGUUUCUUUGGGAAGAACUGUAACAAACAGUGCAACUGUGCCAACAAGGGCCACUGCCACAGACUGUACGGAGCCUGCCUGUGCGACCCCGGGCUCUACGGCCGCUUCUGCCACCUCACCUGUCCCAGGUGGGCCUUCGGCGCGGGCUGCUCGGAGGAGUGUCAGUGUGUGAAGGAGCACACGCUGGAGUGCAGCCCCAGGAACGGCUCCUGCACCUGCCAGCCUGGAUACCACGGCAAAAAGUGUCAGAAAGAGUGCACCCCGGGGUUUUAUGGGGCUGGUUGCAAACUGAGGUGCAGCUGUCCUCCUGAUGUCCUGUGUGACCCUGAGACAGGAGCCUGCAAACAUCCGUGUCCAGCUGGCUUUCAUGGAGAAAAAUGCCAUUUGUCUUGUCAGCCUGGAAGCUUUGGAAUGGGCUGCAGGAAGAGGUGCAGCUGUGGAGGAGCCCCCUGUGAUCCGAAGACAGGGCAGUGUGUUUGCCCAGCUGGGAAGACUGGUGCUACGUGUGAGCAAGAUUGCCCAGAUGGCCAGUGGGGACCAAACUGCCAGAACUCCUGCGAGCCCUGCGCCAACGGGGGACAGUGCAACAGGGAAACUGGAGCCUGUGACUGUCCCCCUGGCUACACUGGGCCAUCCUGCUCUGCCAGGUGCCCCGAGGGGAGCUUUGGGCCAGGAUGCGAGUCCAGCUGUCAGUGCCAGAACGGAGCCGCCUGCGACCACGUCAGUGGAGCCUGCACCUGCAUGGCGGGCUGGACUGGAACCUUCUGUGAAAGAGCUUGUCCAGACGGAUUCUUUGGGAUUGACUGCCACCAGGUGUGCAAGUGCAAGAAUGCUGCUGGCUGUGACCACGUGCUGGGAUCGUGCCACUGCCUGCCCGGCUGGCUGGGGGAGAGCUGCGAGCAGCCCUGCCAGGGGAACAGCUACGGGCCAGGCUGCAGGAACACUUGUCACUGUCACAACGGAGCUCUCUGUCACCACGUAACUGGGACGUGCCUUUGUAGCCCGGGCUGGAAAGGAGCCACCUGCCAAGAAGCCUGUCCCCCCAGGUGGUACGGAGCAAACUGCCUGCAGCGCUGCCUCUGCCACGGCCAGGCCACCUGUGACCCUGUGAGUGGCGAGUGCCAGUGUCCCCAGGGCUGGACGGGGACAGCCUGCGAGCUGGAGUGUGAGGACGGGCAGUUUGGAGAGGGCUGUGAGCAGAACUGCAGCUGCCACCACGGGCUGUGCGACCAGUCCUCAAGGAAGUGCCUCUGCCACGCUGGCUGGACUGGGGACCGCUGUGAUGUUGCCUGUCCCCCGGGAUUUUUCGGGAAGCGCUGCGAGGAGCGGUGUGACUGCGCCCACGGCUGGUCCUGCCACCCCCAGAGCGGAGCGUGUCACUGCCACAGGGGGUGGCGAGGGAAGCACUGCGACAAACCCUGCCUGCCGGGUCGCUACGGCGCGGGGUGCGGGCGGCGGUGCCGCUGUCCCGCGGGAAGGCCCUGCCACCACCUGACGGGGGCCUGCGGAUGUCCCCCGGGCUUCACCGGCCACGGCUGCGACAAGGCUUGUCCACCGGGCACGUAUGGGCAGGACUGUCACGGAGUGUGCCAGUGCUCUGCAGAGAAUCAGGAAUGUCACCCUGUCACUGGCCACUGCUCCUGCAGCCCGGGCUACCACGGGGCCCACUGCCACCUCCGGUGUCCAAAAGGUACUUAUGGUUCAAACUGCCAAAAUCCCUGUAAAUGCAUGAACGGAGGCCACUGUGACCCUGCGUCAGGAACGUGUGAUUGCGCUCCCGGUUUCAUCGGAGCCAACUGCAGCAAAACUUGCCCUGAGAGCCGGUAUGGGAAGGACUGUGCCCAGUUCUGUGCCUGUGGCAGAGGUCAGUGUGACCCACGGACUGGCGAGUGCACCUGUGCCCCCGGCCACACGGGACCUGCCUGCCAGCAAGUGUGUCCCCAGGGACGAUAUGGCCCCAACUGCCACCUGACAUGUACCUGUCAGAACGGUGGCAUCUGUGACCACGUGGAUGGCAACUGCACCUGUGGGCUCGGCUGGACAGGAAGAUCCUGUGAGAAAGAGUGUCUCCCCGGGAAGUAUGGGGCUGGCUGCUCCUUGGACUGCCUGUGCCAGCACAAUGGCACCUGUGACAGGUUCACAGGGUGCUGCAGGUGCCCCGAGGGUUUCUAUGGCCACUCCUGUGAGCACAGAUGCCCCCUUGGAUUUUAUGGGCUGGGCUGUCUUCAGGCCUGUGCCUGUAAAAAUGGAGCAAGCUGUGAUGCAGUGACAGGACAGUGCCUUUGUCCUUUGGGUUAUCACGGUGUCCACUGUGAAAAAGGCUGUGACAGGGGCUGGUUUGGUGAGAGGUGCCAGCAUCAGUGUGACUGUGGAGAUGCUCCUUGUGAUCCAGAGACUGGGAAGUGCCUUUGCCCACCUGGGAAGACUGGAGAAAAGUGUGACAUCGCAAUGAUUUCCAUUCUGGGAACCUCUUCAGGACAGCUGGGCUGCAGCUUGGGCAGAGCAUGCGGCAGACAAAACUUGACGACUGCCGCGCUUUCCCAAAUGUCAUGUUUUACUGUGAGCAGAUGUAGGUGUCUGAGCAGCUUCCUGAUCCCACAGAAGGGGGAGACUACCAGGAGUGUUCACCCUCUCCCAAACCCUCCUGUCCUUGCAGGGUGCAGGCCAGACCAGUACGGCCCCGGCUGCUCCCUGCGGUGCCAGUGUGCCGGCAGAUCCCGCUGCAAUCCCCACAACGGCAAGUGCGCCUGCCCAAACUCCUGGAUGGGGCCAACCUGCAGAGAAGGUGGCCCUCCAAAGCUUCCUUUUUAUGAAGAACAAGCUCAAGAAAGAGGGAGUAUUUUUCCAAGAGCUCUACAACAGUAA